CUUUUUGUUUUUGGUCACCAAUUUCUGUUACCUACUGUUUUUCACCUUCGUCCCCAUCCCACAAUCACCAGUCCCACCUUUUUAUUCCACCAAUUCCUUUAUUCUAUAUAAUCACCCCUCUUCCUACCUUCCCAAACCCUUUCCUACUCUCUUUUCUCUCUUAUUUUUUUUAUUCCAGUUUCUUAUUUCCGGCGAGUAAAUCGGAAACCCGUCUGAUACUUCCCGAUCUUCACGCCGGAAACUUGAUGUAUGGGCUGUUAGAGAUUAAUGCCUUCUGUUCUCUGUGAAAUCCUCCGAUCCGGGUUUAUGAUAAAUUCCUCACUAAUCCGCCGGAUCCAUCUUGUUCAAUCGUUUUCUGUCGUCUUUCUCUACUGGUUUUACGUUUUCUCGGAGGUUAACUCCGACUUCCGUCUUGAUCCUGUCUGUUAGUUCUUCUUGUUCUUGUUCUUUCUUCAAGUAUUUUUAUAUAUUAGUUUUUCUGAAUCCCCAUAACCCAUGGCUUCUUCAUGCGGAAAUUCAUCCGGAUCUGAUGGUGGCCGAAGCAGAGAUUCACCACCGAAUGACGGCUUGAUGGACGAGAAGAAGAGGAAGAGGAUGGAAUCCAACCGUGAAUCUGCACGCAGAUCACGGUUGAGGAAACAAAAGCAUGCCACGGAUCUAACGGCUGAAUCGAACAAGAUAAAGAACGAUAACGAUCAGAUCCGGGCCACAAUCAACGUUACGACACAGCGAUUCAUCGAAAUCGAAGCAGAGAACUCUGUUUUGAGGGCUCAAGUGAGUGAACUUAGCCAGAGGCUAGAGUCCCUCAAUGAGAUCUUGAAUUCCAUGAAGAUGAAUGCCAAUUGUACAACCACUCAAUGCAUGAGUGGUGGUACAGAUGGGUUGUUUGAGUUUGAUUUGUUUGAGAAUCCAUGGAACAUGAUGGGUUUUAAUCAACAACCUAUCAUGGCUUCUGCUGAUAAUGUGUUUGGGUACUAGUGGAUCAUGACAUGAUGAAAGGGUUGAUGUUUUGUGGGGUUGUAGUUUUAUGGGUUUGUGGGGUUAUUAGGCUUUUUAUGUUGUAAGGUGUAAUAUGGGUUGUGAUGGGACAUUAUCAACUAUUGGAGCUAGAUAUUAAUGCUUGUAUUGUGUUUUUAUGUUAUGUGGUUUUGUUAAGUAUUUGUGUUUGUGUUUGUA